AUGUUCCCCCAACAAGAGGCUGCCCACUUCAACAUCACCCUUGAUGAUCCCCAGUACGGAGGCAAAACUUUCACUGAUGGAUGGUGCAUUGACUGGGACCGUCUCAUUGGUACCCAAGACUGGGAUGUUGAUAUCUUCAGUUUUGGCUCUGAUGCCAUCCCUGCCGCUGCUUUGGACAAGCACGACAUGCUCCCCAACUUGGCAUGGUUGAUCAACAACAUUGCCAUUGGAGACACUGUCGAUGAAGUGGUCCAAGGAGAACAAUGUACUGGAACUGUCAACUGGCUCGAAAUCCAAGGAGGUAUCUGGGGUCUUGUUGAUAACAUCAACGGUACCGGUACUGAUUAUGAGACCUACCGACACGAGUGUGUUGCGCGAUGGGUCCGUGACCAAGCUAUUGCUAACGGUAAUGGAUACACUAUUGACUGCUCUGACCCCAAUGAACAAAUCCCUCUUGUCAUGUCAUCGACGAGGGUGAGGUCAUCACCAACCAGACCAUUAUCUCUGAGAUGA